GUUUUUCUUCCGGGUGAAGAUCAUGGCGUGCUGCUGAACAACAUAUAAAUUAUAUCAAACAUGGCGUCAAUGGAAGAGGAUUUCCCCAGAGGAGGGGUCGCAAAGAAGCCCACCGAGAGUAAAAUAGAGGUGCAGCGGACAGAAGUGGACAACCUGUUUCAGCAGUCAAAUGAACAAGUUGAAACUAAGAAACGAAGAGGAGCGGCCAAAGAUGACAGCAAGAAGCCCAAGAAGCAAAAGACUGAUGAAAGGAACGUUGGAGAUCUGACCCUCAACAAAGCUGCCAAAGUAGUGGAAAUCCUUCACGCCAAGAAUGUGAAGCAGGGCAUGCUGCUGCUCGGCUGUGUGAAGGACGUGUCAGACUUCGAGGUGACGGUCAGCCUGCCCUGCGGCCUGCAGGGUUUUCUCAGCAUCAGGAACAUCUGUGACUCGUACACCAAGCUGCUCAAUGAGCAGCUGGACUCGGAGGACAGUGAGGAGAUCUAUUCCCUUCAACACCUUUUCCACCCCGGCAUGCUGCUCAGAUGUGUGAUCGCCAAGCUGGAUGUUUCUAAAACAGGAUCGUUAAGCAUCCAGCUGUCAAUCAAUCCCAAGCUGGUCAACCAGAGUCUGACGUCCAGCUCCUUAAAAGCUGGAAUGGUCUUGAGUGGGUGUGUGGAGAGCGUUGAAGAUCACGGCUAUGUGGUCGACAUUGGCCUGAGUGGAACGAAAGCCUUCCUGCCGAAGAGGGCCGUGACGGCGCAACACAACUCUGAAGACCUGAAAGCUGGACAGUGUGUGACUUAUCAGAUCGAAGCAGUGAAAAACGACGGACGUGUGGUUCAGCUGUCCAUCAACCCGGCCGCCAUCGCUCAGGCUUGUGCUGAAGCCAGUCAGGGCUGGAGCCUCACCAACCUCCUGCCCGGACUGCUGGUCAACGCCACAAUCAAGAAGGUGACGAAACACGGCCUUCUGCUGGACUUUCUGUCCUCCUUCAGUGGACAGGUGGACUUCCUCCACAUGGAGCCACAGCCAGAGUCCAGCUACACCGAGGGAGCUCAGGUGCAGGCGCGGGUGCUGUACGUGGAGCCCUCCACCCGUCUGGUGGGACUGAGCCUGCGCAGCCAUCUCACUCAGCCCGGCGCUUCGGUGGAGCCCAGCCCGGCCGGAGGGGACCGGAUCGGCCAGGUGGUGAAAGACUGCAAGAUGACGGCCAUGCAUCACAUGUCUGGAGCCAUGCUGGAGCUUCCAGACGGGACUCCGGCCUUCGUGCACAAAAACCAUCUGAAAGAACCAAACGGUGAACUCAAUCAAAACAGACUGGCGGCCAAACCAGAGCACACCUGCAGGAUCCUGGACUUCAGCCUCAUGGAGCAGAUCCAUUUUGUCUCGUUACGCCCGAGUGUGAUCGAGAAGCAGUUUUACAGAUAUCAUGAUCUGCAGGCCGGGCAGGUUGUGGAGGGCACGGUGUCGGAGCUGCUCACUCAGGGGAUGGUGGUGCGUCUCUCCGACCACAUUAAAGGUUUCGUACCUCGGCUGCACCUUUCAGACAUCGUCCUGAAGAACCCCGAGAAGAAGUACGUCGCGGGCAUGAAGCUGAAGUGUCGGGUUCUGUCGGUGGAGCCGGAGAACAAGAAGCUGUACCUCACCAGGAAGAAGGCUCUGCUCGAGAGCUCGCUGCCGCUGUUCCUCAGCUACGCCGACGCCCGGCCGGGCCGCGUGUCGCACGGCUUCAUCGUCUGCAUCAAAGACUUCGGCUGCAUCGUCCGCUUCUACAACAACGUGAAGGGUCUGGUGCCGCUCCGGGAGCUGAGCUCCGAGCCCAUCGUCUCCCCGGAGGACGUCUUCUACAUGGGACAGGUGCUGAAGGCGAAAGUCCUGCAGUGUGACCCCGACAAGGCCAAAAUGGUUUUGUCGUUCAAAGCGGUGUUUGAAGGCCAAACCGGAGACUCUGCCCAGCCUGAGUUUGACUGUGAGGUGGGAAAGAGCCUGGAGGCGAAGGUGAUGAAGAAGUCGACCAAUGGUCUGGAGGUGUCCAUCUUACCCGAUGAGAUCCGAGCCACUCUACCCACAAUGCACCUGUCUGACCACGUGUCGAACUGCCCGCUGCUGCUGCAAAGCCUGCAGGAAGGAGACGUCAUCUCGAACCUCGUCUGCUUCAACAAAAACAAACACAACAUCUCUCUCACCAAGAAACCAGCGAUCCGGUGGUCUUUAGAGGAAGGAGUGGUGGCCAAAGACUUCUCUGAGAUCUCUGUUGGAAUCCAGCUGGUCGGCUGGAUCAAGAACAUCAUGCCCUACGGCGUCUUCGUGGAGUUCCCGCACGGCCUCGUGGGACUCGCACCCAAAUCCGCCAUGGUCGACAAGUUCCUGACCGACACGGCGCUCGCCUUCCAGCUCGGGCAGACCGUCGUCGCCAAAGUGACCAAUCUGGAUGAGGAGAAGCGGCGCUUCCUGAUCACUCUGAAGAUCACUGAGAUCACGUCCCCGGAGGGCGACGCCCAGAUGAGGCUGCUCCACGGCCUGCGGGAGAGGAGAGCCGUGUCUGAGAUGCUGGCUGGAAGAGACGAGGACGACCUCCGCCGGGCGCUGGCGGCUCUCUGCGUGGCUCAGAGGCUGAAGCUGACUGUAGACGGCGUGAAGGACGACGGCGCCACGUUCAAGUCCGACGACCUGGGCGGAGCCACGAUCCAGGCCAGCAAGCACGGCAUGACGGGUGUAAAUCUGACUGAGGGGCAGAAGGUCACCGCAGCGGUCCUCCACGUUGACAUCCAGACUUCCUGCGUUCACGUGACUUUACGUCCUGAACUGCUGGGAAAGAAGAAAUCUCUGACUGAAGGCGUGAAGUACGCGGCGACGGUGCAGCACGUGGACGGCGACUUUGCCGUGGUGUCCCUGCAGGACACGGCGCAGCUGUCCCUCGUCCAGACCCGCGGCCACCUCAACGAGGCCUUCCUGUCCGAGUCGGCGACGCUCAAACCGGGAGCCGCCGUGGAGGUGGAGGUGGUGGAGGCGGCCUGCGAGGAGCUGGGGGGGCUCCCGCUGCUGGCGAGGAGCCGCGGCUCGCCGCCGCAGCGCCAGCGCGCCGCCUCCGAGAGCCAGGCGGGCGCCAGAGGCCACCGCUACGGAGAGACGCUGCAGGCCCAGGUGAAGGCGGUGAAGCCCACCUGCGUCACGCUGACGCUGGGCGACGGCAGCACCGGCCGCGUGCACGUGUCCGAGGUGCUGGAGCCCCAGGACGUGCGCGUGGGCUCCUUCCCCACCUCCACGCUGAAGGUGGGCAGCACGGUCACGGCCAGGGUCAUCGGGGGUCGAGAAGCGUCCAGCCACAGAUUCCUGCCGUUCUCGCAUCCUAACUUCAAAUUCACCAUCGCAGAGCUCACCCUCAUCCCCAGCAAACUGGAGAAGAUUGAUUUCAAAUCAGUGUCGACAAAAGAAAAGCUGAGCCGGAUCCAGGUCGGAGAGGAAAUUACAUGCUUUGUAUCAAAGUUUCAUCCUGACAGGAAGUCUCUGGAGGUCACCACUGAUCCCAGCGUCACCGGGACGGUGGAGCUGCUGGCCAUGAUCAAACACCCACAAGACGCGGCCCACCCUGAGAAGAGGUACCGGCUGGGCCAGGCGGUCCGAGCUAAAGUGGUGGAAGUGAGCUUCAAGCCUCACCGCUUCGCCCUGUCACUCACGGACGUCUACAAGCUGGAGAAAGGCUGCGUGACGUUCGGGAUGGUGCUCAGCGUUCAGCCGCACGUCGGCCUCCUGGUUAAACUCCCCUUCGGCUGCAAGGGAACCGUUUCCAUCACCGACCUGGCCGACGCCUACAAGUCCAACCCUCUGGACGCCUUCAGCAGAGACCAGAUACUCCGAUUUUUCCUCCUAGAAGAAAAUGAAAAGGGAAAAUGGCAGCUGUCCCUGCGACCUUCAAGGUUAAACCCGCAGCAGGCCAAGCCGGCUAAAGACCCAGAGGUGUCGUCCCUUCACCAGCUGGAGGUGGGCCAGAUCGUCAGAGGCUUCAUCAAGUCUGUGGGCGAGCAGGGAGUCUUCAUCAGGCUGUCGAGAAGCAUCACAGGGAGAGCGGAGCUUCAGAAGUCCACCAAGUACUUCGUCAGCAGCCACACAGUCCUCUCGGACCACCUGCCUGCCAACCGCCUGGUCUCCACCAAGAUCCUCGGUAUUGACAUAGAGGAGCAGUUUGUGGAUCUGUCGCUGCUGCCCGCCGACACCGGGAAGGCGGACGUCCUCCCAAACUCCCUGGGUCUGCCGCUGCGGUUCGUCAACGAGGCGAAGAAGAAACACGAUCUGAAGAAGAGCAGGAAGCGCAGCCUGUCCGAGAGCGAAGCGAACCAACCAGAGUCCAAGAACCCGAAGAAGAAAAAGAAGGAAGCCAAGAAAGCGAGGGCCGACGAUAACGACAGCGGAGUGGAGGUGUAUUUCAGAGAAGAGGAUAAAGAGAAACCCCGACCUGCCGCAGCGCAGCCUCCGCCCGGCCCGGCCGCUCCGGCCAGGCUGCAGGUCGCGGCCAGUUUCUCCUGGGAUGUGGGGCUGAGCGCCCUCAAACCCGCCUCCGCCGGCCUGGACCCAGACUCCAGCGAUGGAGAGGACCAGGAGGAAAGCACCAAGCCCCAGAAGAAGAAGUCUCGCCACGAGCUGGAGCAGGAGAAGAAGACCGCCGAGAAGGCCCUGGUCCAGCGGGAGAUGGAGCUGAUGGAUCCCAGCCUGCGGCCCGAGGACGCCGCCGCCUUCGAGCGGCUGCUGCUGGCCUCGCCCAGCAGCUCGCUGCUGUGGCUGCAGUACAUGGCCCACCACCUGCAGGCCACGCAGAUCGAGCAGGCCCGGGCCGUGGCCGAGAGGGCCCUCAAAACCAUCUCCUUCAGGGAGGAGCAGGAGAAGCUGAACGUGUGGGUGGCCCUGCUCAACCUGGAGAACAUGUACGGCUCGCCGGAGACGCUCAGGAAGGUGUUCGAGCGCGCCGUGCAGUUCUGCGAGCCCAUGCCGGUUUACCAGCAGCUGGCCGACAUCUACGCCAAGUCGGACAAAACCAAGGAGGCAGAGGGCCUGUAUAAAACCAUGGUGAAGCGUUUCCGGCAGAACAAAUCGGUGUGGCUGAGCUACGGGACCUUCCUCCUGCAGCAGGGGCAGAGCGACGCCGCCAGCGCUCUCCUGCAGAGGGCGCUCAACAGUCUGCCCUCCAAAGACAGCGUGGACGUCAUCACCAAGUUCGCUCAGCUGGAGUUUCGCUACGGCGACGCAGAAAAAGGCCGCAACAUGUUCGACAAAGUCCUGACCAGCUACCCCAAACGCACCGACCUGUGGUCCGUCUUCAUCGACCUCAUGGUCAAACAUGGCUCCCAGAAGGAAGUCAGGGCGCUGUUUGAUCGAGUCAUCCACCUGAGCGUCUCGGCUAAGAAAAUCAAGUUCUUCUUCAAGCGCUACCUGGAGUACGAGAAGAAGCACGGCACGCCGCAGAGCGUCCAGGCGGUCAAAGAGAAGGCGGUGGAAUUUGUGGAGGCCAAAGGCACAGAGGCGGCCAGCUGAGGGCCGGGUGCACACGUGCAGGCGGUCGGUUCUGAUCACCUUUCCCUAAACGUGCGCUUCGCCGUCACAUGCCGGUGCGGUUCCUCCUGCAAACGACCUUUGCCUCCCGUGAAUUUCCUUUUUAAUUGCCCGGUGAACUGAUGCCCUGUGUCUUUGUUAGGCGACUGCAGGACACAGUCAACAUUGUAUAAUACGUCUAUAAAAGUGUGAAAACAAACUUGUAUGUAACACGUCAUCGACUUCCAUUUUUAAAACCUUUUUAAACAAUGUGUGUGAGCUGAGGAGAGACGGUCUGACUUUGAAUAAAUCGACACCAUUACAAUACAUUACGUGACGCUU